GUCAGUCAUUAUUUUCGAUCCAAAGUGAUAUGUAACGAUUGCGACGCUUUUGUGCAUACGCGCAACAGUAGAGAGAAAAAAAAGCAUUGUUUUUCUGUUUUAGAAAGAGCGCAUUUCAUUCAACCUAAACAUUUAUCAUUCACAAGAGACAACCAGAGUCAAAUAAUCAUAAUUUUAUUCAAUUUUCUUCUCUCUUAUCUACAAACAUUGAAUGGAAUCUAGUGCAUAAAAUUGGUGAAAGAAGUGAAAACAGAACUACGAACGAUUACGAAAAUUGACUUGAAUUGAGCUAACAAAGUUCACUGCCUUCAACAGAAGAAGAAGAAGAAGAAAAACGAACCAAGCCAACGCCAACACAGACACUUGCGAUGGCAACGACGCGAUGGCCUAACACAAGAUCCAUCACAUAUCUAUACCUACUGCUGAUUUGUCGGCUCUCAUUUGAUGUAUAUGUAGCUGCUCAAGAUGGUUCAUCAACGGAAUUUUCACCACAAGUUUCGGCCACAUGCCGAACGGGUGUCAUGAAUAUCAAGGUUGGAUUUAACAAUACGUACACAGGUGCAAUUCAUACGCGAGACCAUCGAUCGACGUCGUGCAUGCAAUAUGGAGAUGGAUCGAAUCAAGUCAGUCUCAGUCUGAACUUGUUGGCCAGAGAAAAAGAUCCCGACUACUGUGGUAUUCUGGUACACAACGUGAGUGGUGAUCGAACCGAAGAACGAUCCGUACAAUUGGCGGUUCGAGUUCAUCGCACACUUGAACUGGCCGACGAUAAAUUUUAUGUGAUCACUUGCGGUAAAGCAGGAUUCAAUCGCGACGAAAACUCCGUUGUUGUUCUCAAGUUCUUGGAAAAUCAACGACGCGUUCGUGAAACCGUUUACGGCAGAGAAUAUGCCAUUAAGGCUGAAUUAACGCAACCAAACGGAACACAUGGCAUCAAAGUGAAAAAUUGCUUUGCAUUCAACAAAAAGAACACCAGCAUUCCACUCAUCGAUAACAAAGGAUGCCCAAUAGAUCCACUCAUCAUCUCAAGAUUCGAAACUAAUGCUGAUCGCACACAAGCCACAGCUAUUUUGAAAUCAAUGUUCAAAUUCCCAGAAGGUUCGGAAGUGCACAUUCAAUGUGAUGUAGCUCAAUGUGUGGGAGUCUGUGCUGAAGAUGUAUGCCCUGGUGAUGUGUUGAGUGCUUCUUCUGUGAAAGGUGGAAGAGUGGGCAACAAAGAAGAUGGAUCCUCACUUGCGGCCACAACCGUAUUCGUUUUAGACCCAGAUAAGGCACCUUUGCUUUCGCCUGCGUGUGAAGAAGGAAUUCGACCAUCAUGGUUGCUCUGGCUGUGCAUAACACUGGGCAUUUUAUUCCUAAUUAUGCUGCUGAUGAACAUCUUCUUAUGCACUGCAAUGAGCUGUAGUUGUGCACGAACAGAAAUAAUCGAGAAAGAGCCGUCAAUAAUUGAAGAGUAUGAUCCGUAUCGCAGUUGGCACGGAAGCCAAUAUGGUUCGCGAUACUCGCUGCACGGACGUGACGGACACAAAGGCUACACAAGCGGUGGUUCAACGAUACAUUCGAAUAGGUCGUUGCCAAAUGACACCGAUCACUAUGCAAUCGUUCAUUCAAGGCCUGGUUCAAGACACUCUGGAAUCGUUAACGGUGGUCAUCGCAGCUUACGAGGAAACCAUUGAUAGUUCGGUCGCACGCAACCUGCACCAAUGCACACACACACACAUAUAUAAACAAACCUACACACAAUCUCUGUAAACAAAUCUCCAAAAUCGCAACCGAACGCACACAAAAUUAUUACCUACAACAAAAUUGUCUAAAUUUGUUUUUGGGUUAAUCAACUGGGGAACAACAACCAAUCAAACUUAUCAACUAAAUUUUAUGUGUUUGUUUUUUUUCAAACACAAAAAAAUUGUACAUAAAAAAAGCAAUGGAAAUUUUAAUCUUUAAGCAUUUUUCGGCCUGUAUUUGUUUCUAAUUAUUCAUCAUCUCUAUCCAAAGCUACUCACAUUUUCUGUGUUCGUCUUUGAUCAUGCACUGUCACUAUGUAAACAAAAAUGAAAAAAAAACAACAACCAAAACUCACGCGAUCACUCUAUAAUCGUACUGAUUUUUGAACUAACCAAUUUUUGAUUGCACCAAUGCUGCUGUUUGUUUCUCUUUCAAAUUCAUGUGCAAUUGUAAAUAUUCUUUCCUUUCCUUAAAUCACUUCUACAAAUUCCUUCUACUUUUUUUGGAGAAAUAAAAAGAUCUUGAAGAAAUUUGUUUUUAAGUUGAGUAUUGUUGAUCAUCUCGAAUUUUGAUCCUUUGAUCGCGCUCGAAAUAUCCAAAUCGAAAUCAGUUUGUUUUAUUUACUUUUGUGACAAUAAAAAAAAUUUCGAACUUUCCACAACAAACUGCUUUCGUGUCGUAGAUUCUAAGUCAUUGUUAUGUAUGAAUUUAGGCUAAGUUCUAGAGUUUAAUGCAAGUAAACAACUAAUUGGAUUUGAUGCUAAACAAAUAAUUGUCAAUUACAAAUAAAACAAUUUUAU